AUGGCGGCAGGUGGCGUGGUAGAGGCUGAUGUGGAUCUGCCCCACCGUCGAGUGACCUUCUCUACGGCCAAUCAGGCGCAGGAUCUGCAGGACGCAUCCCAGCACAGCUAUUACGACAGCGGCUUGGAGGAGUCGGAGACCCCCAGCUCCAAGUCAUCGUCGGGGCCGCGGAUCGGGCCUCUGGCUCUGCCGGAGGACCACUACGAGCGGACCACACCUGACGGCAGCAUCGGCGAGAUGGAGCACCCGGAGAACGAUCUCAGGCCUCUUCCCGACGUGGCAAUGACCGGUAAAUGCACCCGGGAGUGCACCGAGUUUGGCCACUCUGACUCCUGCUGGAUGCCCGGCCAGCCUUCUCCCAACCGCAAGGUAUCCAAGAAUGCCCCCAAGCUCUCCACCUUCGUGCCUUACCAAGAGAUGGACGGGCAGGAGCAGCUGAUGGCCAACGGCAGCCCCAAGCCCCUGCCGAUGGAGGAGCGUGGACCAGGUGGCGGCGGCGGUGGCAGCAGCUCCAAAGUGGCCAACAUGCGUUUCAUGACACCCUACAGCAGUGCCUACCCCAGUGGCGGAGAUUCAUCCAGUAAAGACUGUGGGAUGGAGGAGAUCCCACUGAGCCAGGCGGUGGAGUACCACUCAGCUACCACUCCAACCGGCCAAACCUCCAAGAGGGAGAUCUACCUGUGAGGGCACAGCUCUCCACCUUAAAACCCACACUCAUCGCCCAGCGCUCCCCACCGUGCCCGUCGCUGCUCGCCACCACCUGUCGCGCCCCCUCACAGCUGCCCCCUGUGCCUAUAACUUGCUGUGCCACAGCACCUACUCCCCCUUUUACCUUUUUUAUAAAUGCAUCUACCUACAAGGCUUUAGCCCCCUCCACCUCUGCCCACAGACACCCCCACCCCCUGCAAAAACCAAUCACAUGUAAAAUAGAAGAAAUUCAAAUCAAUUAAUGAAAAUGCGGCUUGAGCUGCUUUGGAAGGAAUGUAAACUACACCACAUUGUUGUGAUAAUUUAAAUGGGAAACUAUUUAGCUACUCACGUUUUUCAGCUGGAUUUUUUGUGUUGCUUUAGCUUUGUUGCUGUGUGGGACCAGAAAACGAAAAAAAAAAACCCAAACCUUCCGGGGGGUGAAGGGAAACAACUUCUUGUAAAUCCUACUUAAGUAUACUGUGUAUUGCUAUCUAUCCUCAUUUUCUUUUUUUGGAUUUACUUUUCUUUUUAGUUUUUCUCUGUCACCUUCGAAGACACAGGGAAAUACUACGUUUUUAAGCCAAGUUGCAUCAAAUCAACUGGCUUGUUUUUGUCAGGAGCAGCUCAUCGUUAACGUGAGACGUUUGUAGAAAGACAGCUGUUUUCCAAACUCGAGAUAUUUAGGGUUUUUUUUCUUUAUUUUGCUGUGGAGAAUCUUUUUUUUCAUUGUACAGGCUGUAAAUAUUACAAACAGUGACAGUGGAAACUGCUGUGGCAGAGCGGAUCCGUGGCCGUUAAUCUUUCUGCAGCUCUUCAUGUAACACUGGACUGCGGUUGCAUGUAGAGAGAAAUGAUGCCGUGGCAUUCGCCGUCACACUGCAGGAACCUGGACUCUUGAGCAUCACCAACGGUGCCGAGUUACAAACACAAGACUUUUUAAUCAUUUUUCCUCUGCUGUCUAACACUGGAACACGGUGGAAUUUACGUUAACGAGGAAGCAGAAACAUUAGAGGCGCACCGAUACAACUUCAUACAGAACCGAAGGAAACCUAAGUGCUUCUUUCAGAGUCUCAGAAUCUAAGAAGCGAUUAUAUUAUUCAUGCUGUUGUCAGUAGUAUACCAUAAUAUGAUAAACUUAAACAUGAAUGUUACAGAAGGGUAUCCAAAAAUAGUCAAAUGGUGGUUUUCUUGCAUCAAACUGAUCGUUUUUCUUUCUGGCAUCGAAUUAUCUUCCACCUGUGUUAUGAUACAUUCACAUGUGAGAGACCUAAAAGUUUAAAGUGCUCAGCUUAAGGCAACAUUGUUCAUCAUAAAAAAGAAAUGAUUACUCUGUCAAAAAAUCCAUUUAUUGUGCAGUUUCUGAAUACGGAUUGAUUAUGAGCAUUUGCAUUAAUGAAGCCGAAAAGGUAAAAAAAAAAAAAAAAAAAAGCUUUUCAGAUCAGUUAGAGUUUCGGCUUCUCCAGUCUGAAGACUUCCUGCUUUUCUGUAUAUCAUUCUGAACUUGAGUGAGUAGCUUUUAGUUUGUCCAGUGGCUCCAGAUCUCACAGAUCUUUUGAGAUUAAAAUUUUUAAUCCAGUUGAUCCCAAUAAACAACUCAAUAAAGUGUUAAUGAAGAAUCAUCACAGCUGUAGCUCUAGUCCAUGACAGCCUGGAAGCUUUUUUUUCAGACUCAAUAAAAACGUUUGUCUUGUGACAUCACAGGAAAGGUUUGGAAGGAAUUCAAAUACCAGGGUUCACACUCCAGGGAGCAGAGCGGGAUCCGUGCAUUGCAAUCUGUGGAUCUCAAAAUUUCUGAUGCUUUGCAUCAUCCCCAAAGAACAUGAAUGUUCAGGCAUUAUUUCAUAAAAAUCUUCUUGUAGUUGUGAAUCAAAUCAUAAUCAUCUUUGAGAUUCAGCCUCUGAAGAGCAUGAAUAUCCACAGGGAGUGUAAUAUUGCUCUGUUUGCUACCACUUUAGGGUCAAAGUCACUGCCUACAAUAAGUACUACAUGAGUAUCUGUAUUCAUGCAGUCAGUGUCUACUAUUAUCACCAUGCCUGCUUGCAACUACAUGACACCAAGGUCGUUGCUGACCAUUGUCCAAAGCAGAGUUGUGACUAGACUACAUUCAAUUCGAUGUUUAUAAAAAAGGAUCACCCAGCCUCAUGACUCACGGAGCUUACAGUGUUGUAAGGUGGGGUGGGUGUGGCUUAGAAGGUCGACCAGGUCGUCUACUAAUUAGAAGGUCGAUGGUUCAAUCCCUAGCUGCUCCAGUCUGCAUGUCAAAGAACUGGUAUAAACCCUGAUGUGUGAAUAGAUAGGAAGCACUUAGGCAUGCAGUAAUGGGUGAAUGAGGCUUGUAGUAUAAAGUGCUUUGAGUGCUCAAGGAGAGUAGAAAAGCGCUUCAUAAGUAUGAGGCCAUUUACCAUUUUAAAGCGUGCCCACAGGAAGCAUUACUGAUUUUAUUUGCUUCUUCAGAGGUGAUCGUCAUCAGCAUCACAUCCAUGUCGCACUUCUUACCACUGCUAGCUUGGAAGGCUACAGCGUCGGGAGCUCACUUUUAGAAAGUAAAUGAAUAUAAUCUAAGAUUAAUGAUUUCCAAAAUCUUCACUUAAUCUUUCAAAGCUUAGCAGAGAGCAGAGAUGUUGUUCGCGAUGCCUGUUUUGUUUUUGGAGGCAGUCCCACAAGCACAAAGCAGCUGUAGGCUUCCUGAUGCUGACAGUCCACAGAGUGUUAUGGCUCCUUUAUCCUUUACAGCUGUGGUGGGCUUCAGUGUGUUUGUGGUGACUGUGGUGAAUGUUUCCCUGCUGUUUUUCGAGCUUGAAGGAAGAGCUCUCCAGUCUUUGUCGCUGCUCGUUAUUUCCCACCUCUUUACCUUCUCAGUGUGAGGCCGAGCCGUGCAGCGUUUAGCAGAAGUAUUUAUUAAACCUGUUAGCUGUGUGCAGCGGGGGAGGUGGCUGCCAUUUCCUGCAGUGCUGAAGUCGCACAGGAAUGCAGGAUUAAUGACACCUGUACAGGCUCGAGUCCGCUAACACCCCCUCCGCACAGCACAGCACAGAAACUCUAAUUACAACCUGAGGCUCGGCAUAUUACCGGCAAUAAUUUGCACCAGUAAAAGUGAGCUGGUUUGGAAGUUCAUUCAUUCCGAGGCUCAUGUUAAUGGCUGCUGAGGAUAAUGUGAGAUUUCACCUGUAGUGAUGCACGCCAGCUGGGAGUGGAUGGAUGAAAGGAAAGGCACAGUGAGAGAGUGUGCUGCAAAAAAUCUCCCGAACAAGUCAUUUAGUCUCACACUGAGCUGGAAAGUCAUAAAAUAAAGCAAAAACUGUGGUGAUAUUAUUUUCACCCGGGUCCAUCCCAGUCUGGGAUUUACCUGACAGCUUCUCAGGCAACUGAUUAAAACAUUUACAUUUACUCUGAUGUAUAUUUUCAGGAAGGCUUGUACAACUCCAACCUAGAAUCAAGGUCAGAUGUUGAGUUUUAGUCAAGAGCCAUUUCAGAACAUGCACAUAUUCACCCAGAGGAGAACUACUUCCAGCAAAGUACAACUGGUGGCUGAAAUUAAGCAACAUAUUUUCAGAAUUUACAAGAAAGUCGUUCAGUUUUGUUCAUUUUUCUCAAGGCCCUCUCUUUUAUUUUUAUUCUCUUUUAUUCAUGUCCCCAUAUAAAACUACUACCCAUAAACGCAGACAGUAAGAUAGGCAUUAACCAGUCCAUGUAUGAUUGUCAGUUGCAUCAGAAGAAUCCACAGUCUGUGAGACUCUUGGAUAAUAGAAGCACGGCCACCUCUGUUUGUGUCACCUGGUGCGAAUUUGGAUCAAUUCACAUUUUUGCACAGAGAGAUAAUCACAUAACACAAAAACUCUGCUUUGCAUUUAGUCUGAACACAGCAUAACAUGCACCUUUUUCUUUUUGCAUAAGCAUUUUUGGGCCUGAAGAAGAAAUAGUAAUGCACAUCUACUAGGUGUCCAUAAUUAGAGAUUUAAAAAUAUAAAUCCCUUUGCCUUAACAGCUUCAUCAAAUUAAGACAGAGAAUAUAACUCUUCAUGUCUUCUAAUAAUUGUUGAAAGGUGCUACAAAAUCUGGUAAUGUUGCAAAGACUGGUUAAAAUGAAAAGUGCAUGUGCAGACUCUGCAUCCAAAAACUGAUUUUGAUCUGUAAUCUGAAUACCAGCAGAUUUACCUGACCCACUGGAUUCUGGAAGGAGACAGAUGUCCUUUUGGGCUUCCGUCAGGAAGGGUGUUCAGCAUUACAAAAAUCUAACAAAUGAAACGCGCGGAGCUACUCACUGUGACAAGCCAUUAGGAAAAAGAGAAUAGCUGACAGUAGCUUUAUCUGCAGAUUUGUGAGUCCAUCAAUUAAAAAACAAAAUGUUCAUUUUAAUUAAAAAACCUCUUCAGUUAAUCCUACACAUAUAUAGGACUUAUACAUGAAAGAUAUUAAAUUCUGCUAGAAAGUGAAUCUGCCUCAUGUUGUCAUUUCCAGAACUGCUGCCUUCCAGAAAAAGGCAACAGAUUUGUGACUGUCUCACUCACACGAGCACAAAAGUCUUGAUGAGCCUAAAUGACUAGUCAUUAAUGUUUUGCAGCAUGUGAUAUGAACAUCCUUUUUUCACAAUCAAAGAGGGAACAUCAAAGCGAUGCCGACAAGCUGAGAUGCCAGCGAAGAAAACACGGCAAAUUGGGGCUAUUGGAAGGGUCACGCAGAGGUCGUGUUAUUGUUCUAUUAGGCAAACAGUCGCCUUCACCAAGAGUUUCACAGUGAUUCGUGGCGCUGCCUUUGUGCUGGUGUUUUUGAUGCAUAAUUGCUUCUUAUUGUACAUACAUUUAGCAUUUGGUGUGUUGAAGCUCUCCGUGUGGGGCUGUGUAUGGUUCAAAGCGAGGUUUCUCCGUUGCCUCGACGAUAUUUGAUUUUUGAUUGAUGCAUCUCCCUCUUAAGAACCUGCACACACAGUCAUUGUGUUCUGCAUAUAAGUCAGCCAUCAUUCAACCACCAUUCAGUCCUCACUGUGACACAGAUUUAGAGUUCAUAGGCCCCAGCGCCGCUCCUCGCCUUCCCCAUUCUUCCUCGGGUGAUUUAAAGCUCAGAGCUUGGAUUGAUUAUUUACAGGCCAACCUUAGAGGCCCAUGUUGACUUUCCUCCUUCCUUUUCCCCUUGCCACGCUUCAAAUUCAGCGUGAGUGAGUAAUUAUAUUCUCUUCUGUGAUGCUUACCCACAGCCUGGAUGGGCGAUAAACUCCCAAGUGCCCGAAGUCUUAUGCUGUGCAAGGCAAAGAUAUGGGAGAGGGGGAGAGGUCAUAUAGCAUCGGUAUAACCUCAGCUCUUUCUCAGCAAUUAACCCCAGACAAAGAAAAAUGAACCCUGGUAAUACCUGAUGACCUUUGGUGAACUCUGCUGUCGCUGUUUGUUCUUUAGGCCUCCCGUAGUUUUGCUUGUGCAUUAAAGCAAACACAGGUACUGCUGGCAUGUUUGCACAGUAACAUCAGGCUUACGAUGCUUAUUACAGGCAUGAAGAAAUGUGUCAGGGCUCGAGCGUCCCUAUAUUAGAGGUCCAAAAGUACGUGGACACGUAAAUGUUUGCGUCUUAUUGUUAAACAUGUGAUUACAAUAACAACCCUUGGAGCUGAAAAAUGAAGCAAAGUGUGAAGUGUCAGAACUCCCAUCUUUACUGCAGCCUUGUGGACAGCGUCCUCCAAUUCUAGGGUGAAUUAUUAUUAUUAUCGUUAUUAUUUUAAUAUUAUUAUUAUUUUAAAUUCAUAUGGGUGAGUGGCCACUUUGAUUGACCAAAUUAGCCAUUCAGUACCGGCUAGUCCUCACCUUUGUUAAUCAGAGUCACUAAACUGGACUUCUCAAUUGUAGUUGUGCUGUCGGUGUACUUUGAGCAUUUCUAAUGGGCUUACUGGAUAAAUGAAACAGCUUACAUUGCGAUACAGCCCAUACAAGAAGUCUUUGCUUCCACUGUGAUGUAUGAAUUUCAGUAUUUCAUUAGUAUCUUAGCUGAUGAGUGGGUCUGUGUGUUGAGGUGGAGUGCUAAGUAAUCAGCUUACUAUGAUGCUUCAAAAUGUGGAGCCCACAGCCAAUGGGAGAGGUCAUGGUGGCUACAUCCAUCCACAUGCAGUCGAUUACAUCAUCAUGAGUACCAGCAGAUUUUGGAACCCAGUAACAGAAAUUUGCAGUUGUUUGGUAACGACGCCUGUCAUGUGGUCCAGCUUAUCCCAAAGGUGUGAGCUGUGGUUGCGGACAGGCUCAGGUUACAGCAGAGUGGGAAAACCAUUUUGAGAAAACUUUUCUUCUUCUGUUCUUUUUUCAACUAAAGCACAGAGUCAAACUAUGAAGUUCAAAAAAUCAGAAUAAAUGUGGAUUAGUUCAGUUACAACCAGCCAUACCAUAUAUGGAACAACAGUCAUUUCAGACUUUUUUGCAAUGUUAGGUAAAAACCCCACAUCAAAAGGAGAACCAGCAAGAACUUGGUAACAGUCAGUGUUGGGUGUAACACAUUACUGUAAUCACAUUACAUCUUUCAGUAAUGCAGUAAUGUAAUGUGAGUGUAUGCAGACUCCAGCCCAGCAGCCGGAGACUGAAGAUCAACAGGUAACAGAGGCAGUGAUGAGCAGUCAGGGUUACACCUCAGUUUCUACCUGUUCAUUUUUCUAAACUAGAAUCAUCGUGGGGACGGCUUUAAAGUCUGUUUUCACCUGGUUUCCAUCUUUGCUUUGUGCUGUGUUCAUAUGUAAAUACUGAAGGAUCGUAUAUCCUCAUCAGGAAUAAGGAUUUAUGUCGGUGUGUGGGACUGUAGCGUAAGGUUUACAUUAACUGGUGAUUAUGAGACAAUGUGUUUCAGAUAAUCCUGCAUAGUAACAAGAAAUUAAUAAAUGAGUAGUGUAACAAAUUACUUUCUCUGGUGAGCAUACUGCAUUACUUUUAAGAAACAUGACAAGUAAUGUGUAAUGCAUUACUUUUUUAAGUAAAACAGGGUUCUGGUGAGGAAGGAGAAAUUCUUUUUACCAUAAAGACCCCUGAGCCAACAAAGCCAGGCUCAGGGAAAGGCAGCCAUCUGCUGUGACUGGUUUGGUUGUUAAAGGUCUCUGUACUCCUCUUCUGUGUCCUCACAAACAAGUUUUUUUUUGGGGGGGGGGGCGGGGACACAAUCUAAAACAUUUGCAUGACCAUAAGUGUUUGGUCUCUCAAACAACCACUUCCUGCUCCCUGGUGGAACACGUGAACCCCAAAAUCCACCACCACCCAUCAGCCCCUAGCAGAACUGCUGUCACACACACAGGUGUCUCUGCAUGCAGUGCACUCACAUCCUACUGCCUUUAAAUAGAGGCAGCUGUCCAGUUACAGAAAAAGAGUAUAUCUGUGUUUAUUUCUGAUACUGCCAAAGUAUUGAAUAUUAGAUAUUCCAGAAUAAAUAUAGAUGAUAAAACUUUCAGCUGGGCCUGAGAGAAAGAAAUAAAACAGCAAUUUAAUGGAUAAUCUUUUUAUGGCGCUCGAGUCAGCUGCAGUUCGUCCUUUCAGUCAGCAAACACAGACAUGAGGAGCUUUACCUUAUAAAAAAUCUGAUGCGUUAUCAAAUAUAAGCAUUUCUAAGGGAAAAGAUAUUGAUCAGAAACUGUAUUUGACAUUCAUAGCCGAGUGCAACUUAAUGCAUAUGUAUCUACAGUUUUCUUUCCUUUUUCCGCCUUCAUACUUCUGUGCAGCUUUUACUAAUAAAACGCAGCGAGUUUACUUCUCAAAAUCAUUCGUGGAAACUGUUUUAGAAUUAAAAUGCAGACCUUAAAUUAAAAAUAUGCUUUUUGCAAUUUCAAAAUGUUUUGGCACCAAAACAAAAAAACAUUGGUUUACCCUUGAUGUAUUAUUAACAGCUAAAGUGCCCUACCAUAGUUCGCUUCUGAAACACUUUAUAGACUGAUUUAUGACUCCAACACAUAAACAUCUCCCAGGAACGGUUUAUUUUUAAAAUACACAUUGGUUUACUACUGACAGGCAUUAUUUAUGUAUGAAAUCCACAGCUGUACUUAACAGAAGAGAAAAGUUUGCUUUCUUAAAACGCAGACUGUGUCUCAAGUCGUCAGACUCUUAAAGCUGAACUUAUUUAUAUUCAUUGUUUAAUAAUGACACGCGUCGUUGUGACAUACCUUUGACUUACACGUGUUACCAACUCUCGAACCUUACUCACGUUUUUUUUUCCCACAUGUUUUUGUCAUCAGGGUUAAAAUAUCAGCAAGCUUAAACUCACAACACACACAACAGUGGCUGUUUGAUGCCAGGUUUGGUGCUCUCGCCUGAAGCUUAAAUUCAUCUUAAAGAAGCUGAAAAGAAGCAAUCUAAUGUUCCAAGGCUCAACGUAAGAUAAAGCAGGAUUAUGUUGAACUUUAAAUCAGGAAAAGUCACUCAAAUUUCUACACAAAGAUCAAUGGACAAGCAACAACCAGCUCUUAACUGGAUGUUGUUGCUUUGUACAACAGUCCAGUGUUGUUCAUUAGAGCAGCUUUAGGAGAGUGCAGUUUGAGAUGCAGUCUGUAUUUCCUACUUAUAAAACAUUUUCAUGCACAGCCCUGAUCCAGCUGUGAAACUCUGGUGGUUCCUUUAUGGAUCACGUCUAUAUCUGUGAGUUCAGCUGAACAGUGGAUUCUACAGUUUGAACAAAAGGUGAAUGUUUUUGGUUUCGCUUUGUUCUAAUACACAACGGGAUUGGUUUAAUUCAGCAUUUUUCCCUCCUCGGCCUGACUCUGUCAGCGGUGUCGUGAGUCUGUCGGUAACAUAACGACUCAGUGAAUUCAUCUUUCCUCUCUCUUUCUUCUGUCCACUUAUAUUUAGACGGGAACCACUUUGUGGCUCUCGUGUAAUCGGUGUUUUUAUAUCUGGGGCGUUUGCAUUGAUAAUUGUGUUUAAGUCACAGAAAUAAAAGGCAGCUUUUAUCACAUUUAACUCAAAGGGAAACAAGAGACCUGUGUUUAUUUUUGAAAUUCAAAAAUCAUAACUGCCACAUCUCUGCUUUGCCUGAUCUCUGUUAAGGGUCAGUUUUAGGCUCAAUGUUGACUUUUGUAAACAGCUUUAAAGAGGCUGAACUAAGUGUACUUUAACCAUCAUGACUUUUACCCACUUUGAGCGCCAAAAGCCUGGGUCCUACAUUGAACAUCACUGCAUCAGACUCUAAACUCAUGUUUGAGGUUUAUUUUUGAUGAAAAGACCAUUUGGCCACCAUUUGAACGCCAUCGUCACCACGCUAAUUUGAUUUGCGUGACGGUAGCCGGUGGAUUCUUUGACUUGCACUUCUGGAGUGCAGAAGUCUACAGAAUAAAGGCGGGCGAUCACAUGAGAGCUGCAGACGAGUUCCACAUGAAAUCAUGUGAUAGACUUUGGAGUGGUUUGCUGUUUUUUGGUUGUGUAUUAUACUGAGGCUGGAGUCUCCGCAGUCGAAGCUUCAGCUGAGCAUGAAACAAACCAACUUUAUAAAUAUUAUACAUUUUUGUUGUUGUCACAGUUGUUUUAUCAAUGUUAUGGAAUCAACACUGCUAUAGACAUACUGUAUGAAUAUAAAUGGUUGUUGCUGUUUUCUUACCAGACGCGGCGUGUAAAUGAUGAUGAUGAUAUCUGUUUUCUGAGCAGGCAGACUGGACUCUGUGUUUUCUAUUUCUUUACUCCAUCAUGACUGAAAACCAGACCCGGCAAGCUGAAUGGAGAAUGUGAAAGUUCAGUUAUUUUGCGAUUACACAAUCAAUCAAAUUCAAUGUUGAUUUCCCAAAACAUAAAACAGUUGAUCUCGACAAUAAGACAAGAGCCACGUCUUGGUUUGGGUGAAAUGGAUCUUUGUCGACGGUGCCUGCAGACACCUUUACCAUUAUGCGAUCUCUUUGGUUAAUGCAGCAAAAAAAGGGGAAAAAUACAAAAUUUCAGAAUAAUGUUCCUACUUAUCUCACGUAACUACGUCGAUUUUUCUGGUAGUGAUGAGCAAAGGAUGUGACUUCUGAAGAGAAACUUUCGUUUCGGUCUAAUAGUAAACAGAAUUUCUUGGAGCUCCUAAAGUGCUAAUCUGUGCUUUUUAUGUGUGUUAUUUUGUGUGCUGAAAUUAAAAGGACUUUAAGGGCUCCAUUAAAAUUCUUUGAAGAAAGAAAUUAAUCAGUUUAUAAUCACUUCUUUUGAUGUCAUUUAUUUAUCUCCCAGAGAUAUGUGAUGGUUACAAAAAGAAGAAAAAGAGAAGAAAUCGGGACCGCAAAACAGCCAGUGAAAAAAUAACUACAACAAGGUUAUCAUCAUCACACAAAGUGAUGUCAGUGGAGAGGGUUUUUUUGAGAAAGGCAAAGUUAUUUAUUCGAGAUGUGAUUGUGAGAAUUGUUUAGGGUCCUGAAAUUAUUUUGUUGUAACCUUGGAGGUAAAAAUCCCAGAAAAAAAAAUCUAAACGGUGGCAUUGGGCUUCCUUGUGUGAAGGAUGGAGUAAAGAUUCAUAUCGUUUUAGAAGAGAAGAAAACAGCAGGACAGAACCGCCGAAUCACUUUUCGUCUUUACAGGAAGUCCACGUUUGUAGCCUAAUUGUUGGUUGGUUAUAUUUAUAUAGGAAAAAUGCUAGUGAUGCCUUGUUUUUUGUACAGUUUUAUGUACAUGCAAGUGUAGGUUUUUAAAAAAAAAAAUGACAAUAAAAAAUAUAUAUAUAUUCAAACAACAUGAAGGAAGUCUGACCUUGAACCUGUAGGAUUAUAUCGUCUCAAGUACCGUAGGCUCUAUUAAAUGUAGGAGUGAUGCGUCAGGCUCAGAGCGGAGGAUGGCAGUGCGCCUCCUCCAGUCACCCGUCUGCUUUACCGCUUUCUGUUCUCUCAUGUUCGUCUCAGCCGAGUCUUAAGACAAACUGUACAUGAAUUUUUGUUGUUUUCGGUCUUUUAAUUUUCUUGGAGGAAGUUGGGUAAUGUGUUUGUUUGAGCCUCAUCUGUUCUCUUUUGAUCAACAUUCGCAUGUUUGAAUUUGAAAAAAAAAAUGUGGUCUUUUAUUUUUGCUGAGCAAAUCAAAGAAAUGAUAUCUUGUAAUUACUCCUUCCUUAUAGCUUUACAAUAAAAUACA